AUGAAGGCCAAGGGUAAUGUCUUCAAAAACAAGCGUGUAUUGAUGGAGCACAUCCACAAGGCUAAAGCUGAAAGAGCUCGUGCUAAGUCGCUUGCGGACCAAGCUGAAGCUCAUCGCCAAAAAGCUAAGGCUGCUCGUGAUCGUCGUAAGGAUCGCCUAGAAGCAAAGAAGAGAGAGUUGCUCGGUUUAGACGCUGUAGAAGAACCACCAAAGAAACAAGAUCA